CUACUACUCUAGAACCUACAUUCACUGUAGUUAUCUGUCUACCAACUCUUUUAUCUUCUCUUCUCACUUCCAAACUAGAGAGAGAGAGAGACACUAGGAAGAAGAAAAUGACCCUCCAGUCACCCACUGGGCUUCAGGCCACCAAGUCCAUGCCAUCACCAGUAGCUUCUCCUCUGUCAGUCUCAGGAAACGUUGGCCUCCGUCCAACGUCCGAUCGUUUCGCUCUUAAAUCAUCCUUCUUUUCCCCAUCUCUUCACCUGUUGCUUCCUCCCCAUCAGCAGCAGAAGCCUCUUGCUUCUGCUGCACCCAAAUUCUCCAUGCGCCUUGCUUCCAAGCAGUCUUACAUCUGUCGCGAUUGCGGGUUUAUUUACAGCGACAGGACUCCCUUUGAGAAAUUGCCUGACAACUACUUCUGUCCUGUUUGUAGUGCUCCUAAACGAAGAUUUAGGGCAUACCAGCCUACUGUGACAAAAAAUGUUAACGACACAGCUGUGAGAAAGGCACGAAAAGAACAGAUAAAGAGAGAUGAGGCAAUUGGGCGAGCAUUGCCAAUUGCAGCUGCUGUAGGAGUUGUAGCACUUGCUGGACUAUACUUCUACCUCAACAACAUCUACUAGGAAUUGGACAUGGGGAGGAUGAUUGGCAGUGCUAAGGAAAAAGAUAAACUCUAUUAUUUUGACGAUGGACCUGACUCGAGUAGACGAUGUCAAAGUACUUCCUUAAAUUUUGUUUCUGUUUCCAAAGAUAAUGAUAUUAUGUUAUGGUAUUAUAUGUUAGGCC